GUUGCUACUGUCUGUCGGUAGGUACCUAGAUACUCGGUAAAAUAAACUUCGAUUUAUUAUAAUUGCAUUUUAUUUAUAAUAGCGAACAACAUAAAAUGUUUUGUUCUCGUGAGAGAACCUAAUAUUCAAUGGCAAACAGUGAUGGAGUUCAAUGAAAUUCAAUCAAAUGAGGUAUUAGACCCAGCAGAUUUCGAAUUUUAUGCAGAGCGAUCUCAAAAUCCAAGCCCAACUCCGGUUUUAACAUCUAACGUGUGUUGUGAUUUGGAAGACAUUUUGAGCGACGCUAUAUCAGAAUCUCUCCAAACUUCACUCAGAGUCAGUCGGAGCCAGUUAAUCAAUCAAGAACUUAAUAUACGACCUGAGGCUAACAUAGAGUCAAACGUCCCUGAAGGAUUGGAUCUCUACAAAGUAAUCUUUGAGGUUGAGAGUGACUCUGAUACAAGGAUGGGAGAUGUGGACGGACCUAAUGUACAGAACAUCACUGUGAAAGAAGAGGACUCUUGCCGUCUGGUCGGCGGAUCCAAGUUCUACAAAGUGAUGGAAGGGUCGUCGGCAGACACCACCACUCCGUCACCGACUGAGAAACAUGACCACAUGAAGCCGAUCGAAAGUGACGAUGAAGUGUCAGACGUGGACCAAGAGUGCACCGUAUUCAGCGGCGUGAGUUACCUGGGCGCUCAGAACAUUGGGGACCCGAAGUCCGAGAGCGAGAUACAGCGCAUCAUGAAGGAGCUCAGUUCGCUGCCCGAGAGCAGAGACGGGAUUGCCGUGUCUAUAUCCAUACCGGUGUGCUCUCAAGGCCUGGUGGUACUAUACCAAGCGGAUUCCAACAGCGUGAUGACUCGAUACGCAGUGAACAGAAUUUCGUUCUACGCCCGAGGCGCAGCUGGCUCUCCCGUGGCCUCCUGCUUCGCUUUCACCUGGUCUCACGGGGAGACCAAGGAGUCUGCCGUCUACCGCUGCCAUGUCUUCCGGUGCCAUAUUGGAGAAGCCGUCAACCAAGUGUCAAGUUGUUUCUCGAAAGCGUUCGAGCGGAUACCACGGUCGAUGGCAUCGUCUCUAGUAGGGGACCUGAGCGCAGCGCCCUCUAUGACCGGGUCGCUGACUGAGGCCGCGGGGCCGGCCGCUCCUCCGAUGCAGCUGAUGCACAUGCUGGAGUGCACUGUGGACAUCAAGGAGACUGACGCGAAGGGAACAUUCAGCCACGUGCCGAAGGAGCGGCUCGGGUUCAAACUACGCGGAGGCAUAGACAAACAAGUGACGAUCAACGUGCAGCAAGUCAACAAGAAUGCUCAGAUCGACACAGACGAUCCACAUGCAACAUACACUGGUGGGCUAUACAUCGAACGUUGUUUCGGAAUACUUCUUGCUCCGGGGCGAAGCGUCAAACACUCCGAUAUGAGACUGCUUGAAAUGGUGAGCGGAUCGGCGGGGGGCUCUAGUUGUUCAGUGUGCGCUCUGUGGAACGCGGGGGAGUCGGCCCUAGCGGCCUUCAACGCCUCCAGCGGGGACGGCGCCCCCGCUUACAUGUCUCUGGCGCUCGACCUCGUCAUCAGGGGCAUUCCCGACCCUCUCAGAUUGGUGAUAGAAACGCCAGUGAAGAUAUUCCCCCCAACAGAGAGGUUUUGGUAUUAUUCCAAACGACCACUGGUCCAGGAGUUUUACAUAAAUCUGAAAGAGAGUGUGGACGACCUCGGCCAGUUGCAGUACGAGGUGGCCAACGUGGAGACGUCCGGGGAACUGGAUCGAUCCAGAUUGAACCUGCCGCUGUCUCUGUCCAGCUUGCUGCCCUCCCCGCUCUCCAGCGCCCCCGCGCCCCCUUCCCCUAACGAGCCUGAUUCAGAUGGCGACGAGCCUCUUUUAAGUGGAACUGGUGAGGUCUCCAAAGAUUGCGGGGAAGACGUUCUAGUCAACUGGGCUCAAGUGUUGAGAAGUUGGACCGGGCCUAGACCACGAGCGUUGAACCAUUUGGUCAGAGUUGGCGUCCCCGAAGCGUUGCGCGGUGAAGUCUGGCUGCGAUUGGCCGGUAUCGACCAGAAUGAUAAGCUGAUGGAGACUUACAGGACUCUUAUUAGCAAAGACUGUCCAUUCGAAGCGGUGAUUCAGCGUGACAUCGCGCGUACGUUCCCCGCACACGAUUUCUUCCGCGAGGCGGGAGGUCUGGGGCAGGACUCAUUGUUGCGCUUGGCACGAGCGUACGCCGUUUACGAUAUCGAAGUCGGCUAUUGCCAAGGACUGAGCUUCUUGGCCGCUACGUUACUGUUACAUAUGCCAGAAGAACAAGCAUUUUGUCUACUAGUCCGCCUCAUGUACGGCUACGGGCUCCGCGAGCUGUACAAAGAUGGGUUUGAAGCUCUGUACAUGCGACUGCAUCAACUGGACCGACUUAUGGAAGAGCAGCUGCCGGACCUGCGCGCGCACUUCCAGGCGCUGGGCGUGGAGCCGCACAUGUUCGCGUCGCAGUGGUUCCUCACCGUCUUCACCGCCCGCUUCCCGCUGCCCCUGGUGUAUCACAUUCUGGACGUGUUUCUGUUGCAAGGAGUGGACACGUUAUUCCAAGUUGCACUGGCGCUGCUGUCGCGCUCGCGAAAGGAUUUGUUGACUCACGAUUUCGAAGGCGUACUCAAAUAUUUUAGAGUAACUUUACCAAAGAAGUGCAGAGCUGAAGAGGCGUCGCGACAAAUAGUGAAACUGGCUUGCAGCAUGAAGGUCAAGCGAUUGGGGAAGUACCAGGCGGAAUAUGAGAAGUUUAUUAAAGAAUCCGCGGAAAAGGAGAAAAUAAAUGUGGAGCUGGAAAGACUGAAGGGUAUCAACGCGCAGCUGCAACAAGACAAGGAAACGCUCGAAUCACAACUCAAUGAGGCACGAAGUGCGAUGGAGGAGGCACAGAAGAACUCGUCACACUACGCGGCUGUCGCGCGGGACUACCGCGAGAUAUGCGCGAGGCUCGACAAACAACUACAUCAGAUGCAGGAUUACGUCAAAGAUUGCGUCAAUUGUAGUGUCAAAUUAGCGCAGAAGGAUAACAAAGAAGAGUGUGAACAAAAUGAGUCCGAUAAGGAGGAAGGGUCGAGCGACACGGAAGCGAGGCUGCGGCAGCGGGUGAGGGACUUGGAGCUCGAGCUGGCGCAGGUCAAGCUGGCGCAUGUGCAGGCGCAGUGCAGCAACCAGGAGCUAAGUCACCAGUUGAACUCUGCACUGCACGAAAUGCACCAAGCUAUGAGCCAAAGGCAAUCGGUCACGCCGUGGUUCGUCAGGACGCUAAGUUCCAUCAUCCUCCCAAACUCAGACAUGGAGCAGCCAACACUGCAGAGACAAGGCUCGUUCUCGAACACAAAGAGCCACAGCCAGACCAGCCUCGACCGCCGCGUGUCGGAGCCGUACAGCCCGGACGUGGUCCGGAGGAAGAAGGAUCUCAACGCGAAGCGACACUCGAUGCUCGUCGAGUCCAAACUCGCAAAAGAACCUAAGGAAAACCGACGGAGCCAUGACGUCACCGCUGUCAAGAAACUGACAAUGGGUUGACAGCAACGUUCGAUUUUCAAAUUUUGGUUAAUUUGAGUUGUGUGCCCUUUCCUCUCCAAUUCAGUAGACGUGAUAGAGACGCUUUUUUAAUGACAUUCUGGUUGAUAUCGUGUAUAGAAAAAUCUAUUAAAUGUGUAAAUACCGUAAUGGUAAAUACACCCAGCGAUGUCGGACCCUUUGAACUAUAUACGGUCAAUACGGUAUAUUUAUAACAUGUAAUCUGUUCGAAUCGCGUCCACAAUAUGUGCACAUAACCAUAAUACUAGUCAAUGUUGUAAUUACAUGCUUAUAUUACAAAAGUAUAUUAUACCGCAGCUUAUGUUGAAAUGCAAUUUUAUUUUGUCGUUAUUAUUUCAGACAAUACAUUAAAUUGUACUACUAAUAUAUAAAUAAGUAAUGUCUAAAAGUAUGGUGGAAAAUAAACUCGAUCUCUCCUUAAAUUCGGCCAGAAUUUGGAAAAAAUAUUGUAUCGUAUUGCCGAUAAACAAGGUUCAUUAAUAAUUAUUUUUCAAUAUACCAUGCGAACUUUAUUUUAUUUCUUAAUAAUUUAAUUUUUUGAACGUGAAAAUUUUGAAGGACUGAAAUUGAUUGUAUAAUUAGUGUAUUUUUAGUGUAGUAGUAAUUCUUUUGCGUGUAUUUAUGCAAGCAAUUAUUUAUUUAAAUUUAUUUAUGGAACGAGCGAGUAUGAACAGGACUUUUUAUUCACAAAACAGUUGAAGCACACUUUUACCUAAAGUAUGUUUGUCUUGUUCUGUCAAUGUCAAAUAUUGUAAAGUACGAUAGUGACAAAACAUACUUUAUAGUAAAAAGAUUUAUCGAUGUAUAUAAAUUAUAUCGACUUAGUUAAGUCCUGUCUGUCAUAGUGAGCUGUGUUUAGACGCAGUAUGCCAUAGAUCGUGUGCCUUCUGCAUUGAAGUUAAUUCAGUGGAAGAUAUAAUUAUUCGAUUGCUAUUUGCCGAAAUGGUAUCACUAUCACAAAAUGGGGUUUGUAUAUUUGAAGAAAUUUUCUACUGUCUUAUGAAAUGCUGGUAUGUAUUUAAAAUGCAGAUAAAUACAUACAUGAUGAGAUACCUUAUAGUAAAAGAUAGAAUUGUUUUAUUCAAUUAAUAAGUCAUACGAUAAAUCUAUAGGUUAUAAUGUGACAUUUUUAUUCACACACAUCUUAUGAUAACACAGUAUUUAUUUGAUUAGUUUUGUGAAUGUGUUUCAAUUAUUUAUAUUAGUUUAUAUUCAAUUGAUGGAGAGAUAUAAUUUGAAUAAAGAUAUUAUUAAGUCUGGUUAAUUACUAGGUUAUAUUAUAUUUUUUAUGAAUUCGUUUUUUUAUUGGAUUAAUUUAACUGCGACAACGUAUUUGGUACUCGAAUUGAUAUUAUUACAUUGCAAAUAAGCAUUUGAUUGUGCAGAUGCACUACUUAGUGCGAAGAUUAUGAUUAAAUAGUAUAAUAAAUAAUUGAUGCGAUGCCCUGUGAAAUACGAUUAUGAUUCUUAAUUAAGUGCACAAGAGCUUAUUUGUAUAUUGGUCGCUAAUCCUGUUUGAAGAACAAUAUUUAUACAUAAUGUUUGUAAACUCAUGUAAUGCAUAUGCAUGUUGAUAUACAGAGAAGCCUGAGCAGAAUAUGUAAUUUUUUGUUUGUAAAGUCUUAGUUUUAAAAAAAUGAAAGAUCAUCAAACUGCCUUUUCAUAACAGUUUGAAAGAAACUUUUUCCUCAAUCUUCCGUUCGUUUCAUUUUAUACCAAAAAUUGAGUGUUACUCUUAAAAUCUCUAUAAAAUACAUUCCGUAUAUUCGUGGACUGUGUGUCUAAGAUAAUGAUGAAAAUGUAUAAAGGUCUAUUCACACACGACGCCGCGUGUCGCCGCGGCACCAUACUAUUUUGCCGCGCGAUCGAUUGACGUACAAUCUGUCAAGAAAGUGAAAAAAUUAAAUGACAGCGCUGUCUCCUGUUGGCUGGCAACACUUAGUGUUUAUCAAACAAUCUUUGUCAUUCUAUUUGGUAUUGCAAUGGCAAAAAAUGUAGUUCGUCAAAAAUCAAUUUUCUUCACUUUCUUGACUUGUGCACGGGUUGGACGGUUUUCAUAGAGCAUAGUGAGCUGUGAGAAUCGCUUUAAGUAUUCAAGACUUCACGAUAUUGGAAUAGAAUGUGGUGGCAUGAACUCAAAACGUUAUUAUUUUGUAUGUAUUUGCCCUUUUGAUUGUAGUAUUUCUAGUACCUGUCUUAUGAUAUUAUGUAGAUGCUUAAAUAAUUUGAUUGACAAUAAUCAUCUUUGCUCUGAUGAAUAAUUUAAUCUGAUUGGAAUAUGUAUUAUUUGUCGUCUAACAUAAUUUUAGUCUAUCCUAGUCUUACAUAUCUAAUAUUCUUUCUAAAUGUUUCGUUUUGCAUUUUGUGUCUAUGUAUAUUUAUUGUGAUUUGUGAAUCAAAUGAUAUUAAUGUUUACUUGAGUUACAUAUCAAUACGACAAGGGUUUCAAUUAAAGCAUUUCAAGUUCUUUGGUAUCCAAGUUAAGUUAACGACACAGCGAUUUUCAAAUUCAUGUGCAGUUGUCAUAAUUUUUUGUUUCAGCAUCAUUGUAUGUGUAAUUUGAACCUGUAUUUGUAUUUUGUUUGUAUUACCGUUUAUUCGACUUCAGUUAGAAGACAUACAAGUAAGUUCUAGUAUAAUAUUUACAGGCUUAUUUUCCUUUCCUAAAGUAGUUGUUUUACUUAAUAUAUUGAGAUUUUAAAAGUAUCUCUAUCUUAUGAAAAUAUUUUUUCAAUAUCAAAUUAUACGCGAAAAUUUUCUUCUAUUAAACUUUGAAUUAAAGUUCUUUCUUUUUAUUGUAAAUUAAAAAAAAGACUAAUACGUGAUUUGUGUGAUUUUAUUUCAAAUUCAAUACCGCAUAUUUAAUAAGUAUUGAUUGCGGUUUUUUUUUACGAAAUUUGCAUAAAGGUGGUUAAGAGAAUGUUGUGGAAAAAUGUGUGGGAAGAGCCUACCUAAUGUUUACAUAUUUGAGCCGUGCCCCAUUGCUCCGUUUCGCUCCGUCGUCCUCUGUCAUGUUGACGUCCGUUGAAGGACAAGUCAAUGUCAAUACCUAUAGAAAACAAGGGAGCACGACGGAGCUGCAAUGUUCUGAGUUGUCGCAAUUGAGCGCAACGUAGCAACGAGGCGUGGCUCUUUACGGUGAUAUAUUUUCUAUUGCAAUCACGAAACUUGUAAAAAUGUUCACCAAAGGGCACUAUUGAUUUAGUCUUGUUAUUUUCGCACUUCACGCCAUACUGCAAUGUACGUGACGUAGCUUACAGCUGUUAGAAGGUAUCGAACAUAGUGAAUAUGAAUAUAGCUUUAUAAAUACGCGAGGAUCACUAAUCUAAUGCAACAGUAGUGUUGUCGCCGAGAAUGUUGUUUAGUCUGUCAUUUAUGGAAAUAAACAUUUUACAAUGGA